AUGUCACCUCCAGUUUUCAAUGGUGAACAAUAUCACAUGUGGGCUAUCAAAAUGAAGGCUUUCCUCCGGGGCCAAGGCUUGUGGCAGUAUGUAGAAGAGAAUAGGCAGCCAACACAGUUGAGACAAAAUCCAACUCUAAAUCAAAUCAGAAUUUUUGAAGAAGAAGCUGCUAAGGCUCCGAGAGCCUUGUCUUGUAUUCAUGCUACUGUAAUAGACCUUGUAUUCACAAGAAUAAUGGCAUGUGAAACUGCAAAAGAGGCUUGGGACAAGUUGAGGGAGGAAUUCAUGGGAAGUGACAUUACAAAGAAUAUGCAGGUGCUGAACUUAAGAAGGGAGUUUGAGAUGUUGAGGAUGCAAGAAUCUAAGAAGGUAAAGGAGUAUGUUGACAGGCUGAUGAGUGUAGUCAACAAAUUCAGGUUGCUUGGAAUGGAGAUGACAGAAAGAAGACUUGUGGAGAAGAUUUUGCUGAGCUUGCCUAAAGGGUUUGAGUCCAAAAUUUCUUCUCUUGAGGACUCAAAAGACAUGUCUCAGAUUACACUUACUGAGUUAGUCCAUGCCCUACAAGCUCAAGAGCAAAGAACACUCUUGAGGCAAGAAGAUACAAGUGAGGAUGCAAUGAUGGCAACUCACAAAGGCAAGUCUACACAAGGAAAUAAUAGGAGGGCCUGCAAGCAGUAUGGGCACAUAGAAAAGGUUUGCAAGAACAAGGGAAUUCAGCCACCACAGCAAGCACAAGUUGGGAAGAUCAAGUGCAAAGUCAAGAGGCUGAACAACUCUUUGUCGCCUCUUGCUAUGCAACUCAUAUUAGCAAUGAAGCUUGGCUGA